AUGUCUGUGCCUCUGCCAGUGGAGCUAUCUGCUGCCUCCCACAAAAACUUCAGACUGCGAACAUUCCGUCUGGUUGGCUCUGCUUGUCGUUUCUCAGGUGUUUCCGGUGUGCGAGCCCACCAAUCAGGCGUGUCCUGCUCCAGAUCAGGUGGUAACCGGGGCGACGGCCCCAACCCUCCCUCCGCCAGUGCUGCCACUGCUGCUGCUGCUGCCGAUGGUGGCGGUGGUGCUGCUGCUGCUGCUGCUGCUGCUGCUGCUGCUGCUGCUGCUGCUGCUGGUGGUAUCCCUGGUUCCUCUGGAAUCGUGUCAAGGCGACAGCAGAGCAACGGCCCUAACCCUCCCUCCGCCAUAGCUGCCACUGCCACUGCUGCUGCUGCUGGUGCUGCUGCUGGUAACCCUGGUGCUGGUGCUGCUGGUGCUGCUGGUGCUACUGGUAACCCUGGUGCUGCUGCUACUGGUAACCCUGGUGCUGCUGCUACUGGUAACCCUGGUGCUGGUGCUGCUGCUGCUGCUGGUAACCCUGGUGCUGCUGCUGAUGGUAACCCUGGUGCUGCUGCUGCUGGUAACCCUGGUGCUGGUGCUGCUGCUGCUACUGGUGACCCUGGUGCUGCUGCUACUGGUGACCCUGGUGCUGCUGCUACUGGUGACCCUGGUGCUGCUGCUACUGGUGACCCUGGUGCUGGUGCUACUGGUGACCCUGGUGCUGGUGCUACUGGUGACCCUGGUGCUGCUGCUACUGGUGACCCUGGUGCUGCUGCUACUGGUGACCCUGGUGCUGCUGCUACUGGUGACCCUGGUGCUGCUGCUACUGGUGACCCUGGUGCUGCUGCUACUGGUGACCCUGGUGCUGCUGCUACUGGUGACCCUGGUGCUGCUGCUACUGGUGACCCUGGUGCUGGUGCUGCUGCGUCUCCCACCAAACACGGUGACGCCAAGCCUGAGAGAAUCCUAAUGCCUCUGAUCGCCACGAGCCGCGGAUCAGCUGAGAUGUUCAGUGAGUAG